AUAAAUCACAAUUCAUAGACUAGGCCUGCCCCGAUUGAUGCUUCCCUUCCAAUUCCAUCCCCUUCCCUUCAACUGUACUCCAAAAUCAAAAUCAGAACUCUUUGCUUCAAAAAAAUCAUACACUCACCCGAUCUGAUCAUUGACCUCCCUCCAACCCCAACCAAAUUCAUGGCCGCUUCGCCUUCUCAUCCUUUUCUAUCUGUUCUCGCUCCGCCCGUUCUCUCUCCGCAUACUCUCUCUCCCAAAUUCAAACCCCCCAUGUAGAUCUCUUCCACUUCUUGUAAACAGAAAAAACUCACUGAUUUAAACCUACCCAUUUCAUUUUUCUCCCCCUCAAAUUACUUGUUUUCUCUUCUGCUUGAAUUCAACAAUGGUGGAGACGCUGGCGUUGGGGCGGUUCCACCACCACAGGCUGGACCUCAAGCGGUGGAUUCCGGCGUUCCUCUCCUCGCACAAGACCCUUUUUACGGUGCUGUGGAUUGUGGGGUUCGCUUCGGUGUUUUUGUGGCAGAGGAACGUCGUCGAUGGGUUCUUGAUUUUUCGGCGCGCUCCGGCCAGGCCCGUGCCGAGGCUGCGGCCGGUGGCCUUCAACUUGACGGACUUCGGAGCGGUAGGCGAUGGGGUUACUGUGAACACCAAGGCGUUCGAGAGGGCCGUUUCUGCCAUUUCCAAGCUCGGAAAGAGGGGUGGGGGUCAGCUCAAUGUGCCUGCUGGCAAUUGGCUCACUGCGCCCUUCAAUCUCACCAGUCACAUGACUCUCUUCCUCGCUGAAGAUGCUGUCAUUGUUGGAAUUAAUGAUGAGAAGUACUGGCCGCUGAUGCCACCAUUACCUUCUUAUGGUUAUGGGAGAGAGCAUCCUGGACCUCGAUAUGGGAGUUUGAUUCAUGGUCAAAAUCUCAAAGAUGUCGUUAUAACAGGGCAUAAUGGUACCAUAAAUGGACAGGGUCAAACAUGGUGGAAGAAAUAUCGACAGAAGCUUCUCAACCACACUAGGGGUCCAUUGGUACAGAUCAUGUGGUCGAGCGACAUUGUAAUUUCUAACAUUACUCUUCGUGAUUCACCUUUUUGGACACUUCAUCCAUAUGACUGCAAGAAUGUAACAGUAAAAAACGUUACCAUCUUGGCUCCUAUACUUGAAGCUCCAAACACUGAUGGAAUUGAUCCUGAUUCAUGUGAGGAUAUGGUGAUUGAGGACUGCUACAUAAGCGUGGGAGAUGAUGCGAUUGCAAUAAAAAGUGGUUGGGAUCAAUAUGGAAUUGCAUAUGGACGGCCUUCAAUGAACAUUCUCAUCCGAAAUCUUGUUGUCCGUUCGAUGGUCAGUGCUGGUGUAUCAAUAGGCAGCGAGAUGUCUGGUGGGGUCUCGGAUGUCACCGUGGAGAACCUUGUUGUUUGGAACUCGAGGCGUGCUGUUCGGAUCAAGACCAGCCCUGGAAGAGGGGGGUACGUCCGAAACAUAAUCUACCGGAACCUGACAUUCGACAAUGUUCGGGUUGGCAUUGUAAUCAAAACGGACUACAAUGAACACCCCGAUGAGGGGUUUGAUCCAAAGGCUGUCCCCACUCUUGAGCACAUAAGCUUCACAGGGAUCCAUGGCCAGGGAGUUCGCGUGCCUGUUCGUAUCCAUGGUAGUAAUCAAAUCCCAGUUAGGAAUGUUACUUUCCGGGAUAUGUCAGUGGGUAUAACAUACAAGAAGAAGCAUAUAUUCCAAUGCGCCUUUGUUCAAGGUCGUGUAGUAGGAACCGUAUUUCCUGCACCGUGCGAGAACCUUGAUCUGUACAACGAGAAAGAGCAGCUUGUUAAGCGAUCUGCAUCCCAGAAUCUGACAGAUAUAGAUUAUGACUUCUGAGAACGUGCUUGGCUCCCAUUAUUUCCAGAGCGCAUAUUUUGGGAGAUCAAUGACUUCCCUAGAUGUCUGUACAAGACAGUUUUGGGUGUAAAAAGAAUUGGAACAGUCAAUCUAGCUCAUCUGUUCCAUUAUUCGGGUUUCCUUGCACAUUUAUUCUUUUCUUAUUUCAGUGGUUUUGUAUGUACAGAAAAUAUGCAGUUCAUAUAUGCAUGAAAUUACCCCAAGAAAUGCUGUGCCCCGUGUCUAACAUUGGAAGUAUAGAUUUCUCAUUUAAAUA